AGAAUCAAGCUUGUCCGUUUCGAAAAUGGAAGAAGAACCGUACAAAAGAAAGCUAACGAAAGCCGAGAAAAAGGCAAAAUAUCGAACAGACUACGCCGAACCGUUGAAGUCACGCCGGGAAGUUCUGAAAGCAAUUAUGAAUGGACCCGAGUCUGAGCGGGAGAGAAAAGUUCGAGCCAAAAAUCGAGAAUUUUUCAACGAGGACUAUAGAUCAGGAGUCAACAUCUACGGAAUGGCUGUGGAUAUGAUGAAAGCGAUGCCGGAUAGAGGAAAAACAUCGGGACAAAGUUUGGCGGUUUGGUAUCUGGAGGAUUUUGGAGUUUGGUUAAAAGAGUCGGGACAGGAGACGGAGCUCAGACAGAAAUAUCUGACUGGAACUAUUCAAAUAAACGCCUUAGAUGUGUGCACAAUUGGACAAAAGCAGCUUCUCAGUGAAAUCUUCGAUAUCACCAAAGAGAAAUUCACUGAGGACAUUACACAGUUGCUAGAUGCUGCCAUCAAGAAACAAGACUUCUCCGUUGCUGCAGAUAUGGCUAUUCAGUACAAUCUUCUACGGGAUCAUCAUUUCGAACAUCUUGUUCUUCCAUUAAUGCUAUCUGGCAAAGAUCAAACGGCUUAUAAAUUGAUAAGUAACAAUGAGAGGAUGCAACAGCAGCUUGUAGAGUUUUUUGAUCGAAUGGUUGGAAUCUCAGUGGUUGCCGUUGAAGAGAUGCUGAAACCCUACAAGGAAACCAAAAUUAUGACGAUUCCUAUGGAGAAAUUGACGGGAAAAACGUUGGACAAACUCAUUUCGACGAUUAUCAACAAAAAUACUCACGAAUACAACUUCUCCAGGGAAUUGUCGAAGUUCGCCAAAAACCACUCACAGAAUGGGAAUCUGAAGGCAUUGAAGUUUAAUAUCAGUGAACGAUACGAGAAGGGAAAAUCCGAUGACAACUAUUUCCAGCAUAUGGUUGAAACUUUUACCAAAGCCGAAGAUGUUCGUGAACCUAUUUUGUUUUACUUGUGGAGCUCAAAUGACACCGAGAAACAAAUAGAUGCCAUCUGCUUUGCUAUCUACUUAGGAAUCGCUAGUUCCAGCAGCUAUCAACUGCCGAAUGUUAUGAGGGACUUCUUUCGACAACCUGAUUCGAAGCUCAGAGAAGCAAAAGAACUUCUAGUGAGAAGAAAAACACUGCAAGUUCCUCUAAAUGGCGAACAAUUAUUCGUAUUUGAGAAUGAGCGAAGAACUCAAAUCCACAUGGUGAAAACUGAAUCUGAGAUGAAUUACUUAUGUUCCGAGAUCAAAUCACUAAGCGACGAGCCAGCACCUGUUUACGUUGGAUUCGAUUCUGAGUGGAAACCGUCGAAUCUUACAGCUGUUCAUGACUCGAAAAUUGCUAUCAUACAAUUGUUCUUCAAAAAUUGUGUAUGGCUUGUGGAUUGCGUAGAAUUAGAAAAGGCAAAUAUGGCAGAUGACUGGUGGCAAAAGUUCGCAUCUCGAUUGUUCGGAGAUUCUCCUGUAAAAGUCGUAGGAUUUGAUAUGAGGAACGAUCUGGAUGCAAUGGCUACAAUCCCAGCACUGAAGUCAUCCAUGAAGAUAGAAGAUACCAAAAAUGCAUUCGAUCUGAAGCGAUUAGCAGAGAAUGUUUGCGAUAUCGACAUGGAAAUUUUAGAGCUGCCAAAGAAGACUUUCAAAUUGGCAGAUUUGACACAUUAUCUACUGGGAUUGGAGCUCGACAAAACUGAACAAUGCAGUAACUGGCAAUGUCGUCCUCUGCGAAAAAAACAAAUUGUGUACGCAGCAUUGGACGCAGUUGUCGUGGUGGAAACAUUCAAGAAAAUCUUGUCGAUUGUAGAGGAGAAAAACAAGGACGCAGAUAUCGAGAAGAUUGUCAGAGAAUCAAAUGUAAUGGCUCCGAAAAAAGACAAAGGACACAAAUCGUACCGCAAGCUGAAAACUAUUCCAUGGCUUGAGCUCUACGAUAUCUUGCGAAGCCAUCGUAAUCCUACGAGAUCACCACAGCGACCACACGACAUUAAAGUUAUUGUUGACACAAUGCUGAUUGGAUUUGGAAAGAAUCUGAGGAGAGUUGGAAUUGAUGUUAUUCUUCCAAAAGACGUGAGCGACUUCCGAAAGUACCUGAAGGAAAUUGAACGAGUUGGCGGCGAGCAUCUACGUCAUAUAAUCACAGUGCCAUCGAAAAGUUACGAAGCCUUGAAAAUGGAUUAUGAUAAUUAUACAAUUGCAAUUCCGGAACUCAAUAACAUGUCUCCCGUAGAUCAGCUUAUUGAGUUUUUCGACCUGUUCAACGUAGAUAUUCGUCCGGAAGACGUAUAUCCUCGAUGCACUGAAUGCAAUUCUCGGCUUCAAAUUAAAUUCCCCGGACCAGUUUUACAUUUCUUGCACCAAUACUGUGUCAUCCAUGUGCAAAAUGUUUAUCGUGCGGAUAUGAGCGAAUUUCCACUGGAAGAAUGGUGGAAUCGUAUGCUUCAUAUCAAUCCAGACGACUACGACGGAGUAAAAGUGGAAAUGUCGCGACCAUCUCCAACAAGCAAGUGGAUCGUGGCAACUGUUCCCACAGGAUGCCUACAUAUUACGCGACAAACUGCACUUCACACCAAUCUGCCAGAUGGAAUUGAAGUUCGAAUCCACAAAGUGCCUGAUGACGAGUUCAAGCGUCGAAAUCUCAGCUUCUAUGUGUGUGGAGAAUGCGGUACGGUGGCUUGUGAUGGUCGUGGCAAUCAAGCGUCGGAGAGCACCAGCCAGGAAUGUUGAAUUCGAAAUCCCGUUCCCCUUCUCGUUUUAAACUUGUACCAUUUUUCUUAUUUUUUCCUAUCCACAUUUUGUGUCCUGCAUGUAAUAUCACCUCGUCCCGGUAAUAGUUCUAAGUUUAUCUAGUUUUAUUCUCCCUGUUCAACGGUUUUUAAUAUUCAAUACUUAUUCUGUUAAUAUUUUUGCCUCAUCUGGCAUUAUUCAUUUCAAAUGAAUAUUUUGUUGUUU